UUCGUGCGGGGUACAUGUGACUAGAGCGUCUCGUCUAGAGCGGACGUUUUUCCCAUCAAAACGAAACGAUUUUCACAAUUUUUGAUGGGUAUUAUUUAUCCUGUACAGUGAAGCAUAAGUUUCGGUUCAAAUCACGGCGUUGACACUAAACGCUCAAAUAUUUUCCGAAUUAUCGUGAACUUCGUUUUGUGAAGUUAUAGUUUUUCCUGUAUGCACUGUGUGGUGUUGGUGUAGCAUUUUGGCGAAGCGAUCAAAUUCAAUUGGUGUUUAAGUUCAUGUACAAAGUGGAUAAUUAUCGGCCGUUUGCGGUUUAAAAUUUUUUUCUUAAAAAUACAAAUUUCAGUGUGUUACAAUACUUUAAUGUCUGUUUUGGCAUGCAUUGUUAAAUGAGAUGAAAAAUUGAUUUUUGUGGGUAAUAUUUUCAGUUCGGAAAGUUUUGUUUUAACAAAAAUAAACAUGUACUGAGAGUGUAAAAAUGUUAAUGUUAUUUCUGAAAGGAAAUGAUUAUUAUUUUUAGUGUGUUGAAUAAGAAUUGAAUAAGAAGAGAAGAAGAAGAAAAAAAAAAAAUUGGUUAAUGGAAAUAUAUUGUAAAACUGAGUAGGUGCAUUGAUUCUAUCGAAGAUUUUUUACGCGAAAAGAAAUAAUUUUUAAUGUAAAAUUGUAUGUGUGCACGGUGGAGUUAUAAUAAUAGAAAUGGGAAACUGUUUAAUGUGAAUUGUUUCGUGCUGAAUUGAAAACAAAUGUUUCGUUCUUUUUUACUGUUGUGUAAAUUAUCGCAAUCGUUAAAACUAACAGGUAAAAUGCAUCAUGUGCAUCACCUUCAAUCUAAAUGAAUGGAUGUGAAGUUCUUCGAUCGAUUAAUCCAUUGUCAGUAUUUCACAUCAGCUCACCCGUCUAAGCGUUAAUAGCCACAGAUAUUAAGGAUGAAUAUCUUACUAAUGAUAAUAAUAUUCAAAUUGAUUGUAAUUUCGGUUAUGUAUAUUUUAAAGUCGUCAAAAAAAGAUGAGAAAUUAGAAAAAAAGGAAAAUUCUUAAAAAAAUUUAGAACGGACAAGAACUAAGUUGUGCGGGCACAGACACACGUUUUUCCGAAGUUUGGCCACUGGCGUUUCUUCUAUAACAUCAGUUCGAGUGCAAAUUGUCGUGUUGAAAGACACUGCACACGAAAUUUUAUCUGAAGCUUCAAUCGGCAUAAAAUUGUAAAAUGGAAAGACAAUGAAAUGGAUGCUCAAAAUGUUACGGUUCCCGAACCUAUUUUCUGUGCACCAUCUCAUCCGGUAUGGUCGACAUUUUGGGGACCGAAAAUCUAUUGCACAUACGAUCAACAGCAAGUGCCCACCAUUAUGGGCGACAUCGUCGACGACAGUGCAUAUAAUUCAACCACAGAGACGUUCGUAUGCAAUUUACAAAGUGCAGACAAUACCACUUUGGAGGCGACGUUUCAGUGCAGCGUCGUUGAACGUUUCCAGCAGUUUGUAAGCAAUGCCAUCGAAAAUGUUGUCGACUGUGCGUACAAUACGUCAGUGGUGAUCGGCAGUGUGUUGAAUCCAGUGUCUGAGAUAAAUCUGGUUCUGCCGCGACGAUUUGAUGGCGUCACAGAUGUAGCGAUCAAUAGCAGUAGUUUUGCUCGUAGUGAUAAUAAUUGUAAUGUCUACCAAGUAUUAAAUUGCCGUAAUGUUAAUGUUAAUAGUUCGUUGUAUGAAAACGAUCUAAUUGAUGUAGUUAAUUCGUCUUUAAUGGAGCCUAUCAAAUGUUUUCUGACCUAUAAGUACUUCAAUGAUCCAGUUUCAAUCGUCAACCACUCAUUUGGUAGUAGUACUAGUACUGAUCUGAUUAAUGUGAUACCAACCAGUUCGUUUGAUUGGAGUUUCCUUUUUGUGAUAAUAUUUAUAAUUGCUGGAGGUGUUGGCAACAUUCUUGUCUGUUUGGCCGUGGCACUGGACCGAAAGCUGCAAAACGUGACCAAUUAUUUUCUAUUUUCAUUGGCGAUUGCAGAUCUGCUGGUCAGUUUAUUUGUGAUGCCGUUUGGAGCCAUUCAAGCAUUUUUGGGCUAUUGGCCAUUCGGUAAAGUUUGGUGCAACAUAUACGUAACUUGUGAUGUAUUAGCAUGCUCAUCGAGUAUUUUACAUAUGAGCUUUAUAAGCCUGGGGCGAUAUAUGGGUAUACGGAAUCCAUUAGGUUCGAGAAACCAUUCGACUAAACGUAUAGCUGGAAUGAAAAUCGGAAUCGUAUGGGUGAUGGCGAUGAUUGUAUCCAGUUCAAUUACUGUACUAGGUAUACUUGACGUACUGAAUAUUAUGCCGAAGCCCGAUAAAUGCGUGAUUAACAAUCGAGCAUUUUUUGUGUUUGGUUCGCUGGUUGCUUUUUAUGUGCCGAUGCUGGUGAUGGUGGCAACGUAUUCUCUGACUGUUCGACUGCUAAGUAAAAAAGCUAAAUUUGCUAUUCAACAUCCGGAAGGAGAAAUAUUUCGCAGAUACGCUGUUAAACCGCAACAACCGCAACAGCUGCAGCAACAGUCCCAGCAACAAGAUCAUCAAAUCAGCUGCACGAGCACAAGUUCCCAGAGUGCAUCGGCAAUGGAAAGUGGAAACGUUCUGUGUCAACGCAGACCGUCCAUGAUGCAAUCGCAAUCGCAGCAAACGAUUUGUUGGCGAACACAAGGAGUGAAUACCAUAUCAGAGCGAAAUCCAACAAUGCGCUAUAGUAAAUCACAUCCGCAUCUCAGCUUUAGCAAUGGCAGCUCUCGUUUAUCAGCACGUAACCUGCAAACAUCUGAUCAGUGUACCCAAACACCUCCGAAUAUCUCACGUGAAACGAGACGCUAUAAGCUUAGGACGUUAAAAUUUAAUUUGAACAAUGUUACACCACCCAACUUGAAUUUAAACCUUAGAUUCUUGAACAAUCGCAACAAGCGGCACGGCUUAUCAGCAAAUGCUGUAGCAACCGAACAGAAAGCAACUAAGGUACUCGGUCUGGUAUUUUUCACAUUCGUUUUGUGUUGGGCACCAUUCUUUGUUCUCAACAUCGUAUUUGCUGCUUUCCCCGACUAUAUUGUACCGGAUGAGGUGGUAAAUGUUUGCUUGUGGCUGGGAUACGUAUCGUCAACGAUAAAUCCAAUCAUCUACACCGUAUUCAACAAAACAUUUCGUGCGAAUUUCAUUCGUUUGCUCAGUUGCAAUUGUGAAAGGACGGGUCGUCCGCCAAGAUAUCGGUCGGUGAAUGAAGGUCGUGGUGCGGCCAGUUUAUGUGCACCGUCAGCAUUGCCAUUGGCAAUUUCAUUACAGGGAGCACCAUUGUUGACACCGUCGACUGUUAAUGCAACGCCGUUGAGUGAUUUUCGUGGCAGUUACACAAUAACCGAUGAUGAAUGCUAAGAGAAUUCCAUCAAAGGUCAAUAAUGAAAUUACUUCAGUAUUAAUGUGAUUGAUGUGAUGCAAAUUAGAUAAUUCUAUUUAGUGUGUAAGUGUAUGUGUGUUCUUUGAAAUUACUUUGUUUAAGUUACAAUAAAUUGUGGACAGUGAGUGUUAACAGUUUAAGUAGAGAGCGAAGCGAGCUAUAAUUUUAGAAUUAAAAUUAAAAAUUAGAUUUAAAAAGCUAACUUAAUCAUCAGAUGAAAUAAAAAAAUAAUUUUAGGCAGAGUAAUUUGUGUGUGUAUGUGUUUAAGGAAAAUGAACGGCAACACAGCCAGACAAACACACACACACCUUAAAUAUUUAAAUUUAAAAUGAAGAAUAACUAGGUGUAACAGUGUAAUGAAUGUAAUUUUAAUGUUAAAGGAGUUCAACUAUUUGUUUGAAAAAGUCAAUAAAUUAUCAAUGUUAAUUGC